CCCUCAUUGCUAGUUUCCCAAGCCCCACCUUUUUGUUUGCAUAACAUGAUUUGACUCGAUGAAAGUCAAACACUGUUUACCUUUCCGUGCAGAAAAGAAUCAUUUUUUUCACUCUUUUAAACAUUUGCCUUUAAUGUUUGGUUUUUGCGUUUCAUUUCUGUUUCAUUUAAACAGGGAGAAAACACUUUGGGAUCAAUGAGUGUUUGCACUUUUGGAGCGAGCUCUGAAAUAGCCUGAAGCUUUAUGAUUGCAACAAAACUUUGAAUUAUUCUGGAUGAGUUCACCUUAGGAUGAAAAGCUCCAGUGAAAGAAUUAGGCAUAAAUUACUCCGGUUGAUAAAAUUCGAUAAACAAUUUGUUUCUCGCCUGAAAGUGAUUUUAAUCGAAAAAGACUCCGAUUUUAAUUAAAACGAUUUGCUUUUUGCUUGUUAUGAGACUACAACUCUCGAGCAACUGAUGUAGACAUCUCUUUUUGAUACUGCAAUCCCUGCCAAAAGUCUUUGGAACGCCCUGUUGCUUAAGUGUUGUUUAGAAAACAACAUCUGUCCCCUGUAUAAAAGACCGUCAGCGCACUCUCCCCCGAAAACAACGAUAGUUAGAAACAGCUAAUCAAUCUGCGCUCUUUUUCUUAUAUACUUGUUGUCGAUCAGCUUUUGGAUUGGGACCCAGUCUCAAUUCUUCAAUGUCUCAUACUCUGUAUGGCUGUUGGACGAUUAUGCCGUUCGUAUCAAGGCAUCUUAGUCAACUGUCAACAACCUAAUCUCCGUCUUCUCUUGUUUUCUAUUUUGUUUUCAAUAAUAGUGGUUGCUUUGACGGAGGACACCUGUAUGACAGAUCCCAAUACAAAAAGGUUUCUUUAAUCCACAUAAAUAAGAUAUGAAGGCUUUGAUGUUUUGAAAGAUGCAAUAAGUUUUUUCAGAAAGGGAAGAUGUUAUGUUGUUUCUUGUCAUUGAAAAUCGCCAGCUUCUUUUGCUGUUCCUUACGAUUACUCAAAGUUGAAGGUGUUAUUGUGUACACUUGGUAUAGUGCACCUCACAGCUUCGGCUAUAGUAGUCACAUCAUAGUUAAUAGAAUAUCAAAUAUUUCACGUUGGUGACGUAAUCGAGGUAUAUUUGGUACGAAAGCAUAGAUCAAAAAUGUUUGCAUAGGCAAGCUGGGCACGACAAAGCCAUUCAUGAGAAGCAUUGCACUUGUAGUUCGGAAGGCGCAUAACAACCAGGUAUAAAGGAUUUUGCCAAUUAGUGCUUAAAUGCGGUUCUUGAUCUAGCUUAUUCUUUUGUUCAUUUGUUUUGUGUCCUUUGUUCAACAGACCAAUAAGAGCUGUUUACGCAUUUGAAUAUAAAUAUUAACCAAGCUGAUUGUGUUGCUUGUAAAUAACUUUGAAACUUGUUUCAAGACUGUCUUUGCAGAUUUCCCAAAUACAGCCAGCUCAAAAAGCUUUUUAAUUUCGAAAGAAUCGUGUUGAUUUUUGUCUAAAGCUGCAAUAGAGGAAUGAAACAGCUCAACUAAAGAAAUUUGCAAAUGGAUUAACCGAGCCAGUUGAUCAAAGUUUUCGUUAUAAGACAUCUUUGCAGAUAACAAAUAUAGAUAAAUUGUGGGUACUGCCGCUGCAGUUAUCAAUGAAUCGAACGAAUGAGAACAAGCAUAUAACACGAUGAGUUCUGAUAAUACUAGGGUAGUGGCCAAUACCUGGAAUGGAUUCGCAAACUCAUCAACUGUCCAUGGAAUCAAGUUCACGUCACACGAUUUCAGCCGUACGCGCCGAAUUGCAUGGGGAAUUUUGCUCUUCACGGGGCUCAGUUUACUGCUUGGUUUCACAGUUUCUGCAGUGGUAGAGUAUUUCCAAUACAAAGUGAAUACGAUCGUCACCGUUGGUUCGGAGAGAGAGGCAGCCUUCCCAGCUGUUACUUUAUGCAAUCUAAAUGCACUACGUAAAAGCAAGUUUGAGGAAUCCAAAAACAACUCGAAAUAUUCGCAACUUUUCAUGCUUGCAAAAAUUUUGAGCAUGAUGGAUUUAACUGGCUCAAACGAAAAUGUAACCAUCCCAAGCUUCAGUGGCGAAAAUGUACGUGAAAUGUACCGAUACUUUGGGCAUAAUAUGAGCCCUUUCUCCAAAGGUGGUAUGCUGCUGAACUGCACUUACCGUAAUACCCCUUGCAAUGAGUCUUUUUUCAAGCCUGUCCUUACCAACCUGGGACAGUGCUAUUCUUUCAACCCAGGUGGAGACUUUGGGAAAGAGCGAUACGGUAAAGAAAUUCUAACAGCCACCCAACCUGGCAGCUCUUUCGGGCUUGGAAUGAGGUUAACAGUUCAAUCAGAUGAUUACGUUUUGAUGCCAACGCAAGAAUUCUCGGCUGGCUGGAAGAUCUUUGUCCAUGAUCAGAGGGAACUGCCGUUGGUUGCUGACUAUGGCUUUGCUUUGUCACCAGGCACACACACAUUCGUUGGUCUAGUCAAGAGAAAGGUUGUAAACUUGGAACCACCGUACACAACAGCUUGCCGUAAACAGCCGCUGGCGACAGGGCACCCCUACUCAUUGAAAGGCUGUAUUCGCGUUUGUGAAGAAAUGUAUGUUCGGAAACAGUGUGGAUGUAAUUCACCAAUUGGCUUUAUGGACGAUACUGCAAGUGAACUCUGCGAUCUUAAAAAAUCAGUCAAUUGUGUCCUUCCAGCGUUAGCGAUGUUCAGAAAGUACGGUAACGACUGUGUUUGUCCGGAUCCUUGUGAGUCUGUGGAAUACACCCCGUAUUUGAGUUACGCCUAUUUCCCUUCUGAUGUUUAUGGUGUAGAAGUAGCAGAUCAUUUAGUGAGCCUUGGUGUUGCCAGUUCAAACGAAAAAGCAUUGAGCUACUUGAGAAAGAACAUUAUUGAGCUGGAUAUUUUCUUCCAACAAAUGGAUCACAUCAUCGUGAAGCAAGUCCCUGCCAAGACUCUUCGUGACAUCUACAGUGAGCUUGGUGGCCUACUUGGGGCUUCACUUGGAGCCAGCUUUCUGACAUUUAUCGAGUUGAUGGAUUUUCUUGCAACAAGAUUCUUAAGAAGACUUGAAAAGAAGCGGGGCCAAAUUAUUCGUGUCGCUUCUGUAGGUAAUGAAGGACCUAGCUCGUAAGAUCGUUAGUAGUGAUGUCAGUUAGUAUUGGUACUUGCGCUUUGUAUUGUUGUAUUACGAUGCAAGGCCGUCAACGAACUUAAUGCUUGUUUAGAGUUCACUAUAAUGUUGUUCAAGAUUAGGCAGAUUUCGGCAGAAUUGUAAAUAUUCUUAUUCCUUGUCGGUAUGAACUCAGCCAUGAUUGAUUUGCAGAUGACAAUGUUAUGUUAUUUUGCAGUUUUCGUUAUAUAUGAUAAAGCAGUUCGGUUAUAUAUGCUAAGGAGUUUGGGCACUAAUGAGAUAUUAUGUUGUGUUUGUUCAAUGUAAUCUCCAAAAAAGUAUAAGGGUUAUGUAAAAAGUAUUUUCAAGGUUAUGUCAAUGCUUGGAAAAUCUAUGCGCAUCUAAGUCUGGUUUAAAACCAAAUAGAAUGCGUAACUGUGACGUAGCUAAGGUUUCAAAAGGGGGACCCUUAAGGAAUUUUUGUAACGCAAUGUGGCUAUAAAAGCCAUCAAAACCUGUCGACUAAAUAUCAGAAGCAAAAUAAGCACCGUAUUCAAAUUUAUCAGUUCUCUAAAAGAGCAGUUGCGGGCCUAACCGCUUCCUCCCGGGCCACGCCCUAGGUAUAUAGGUCUUGUUUUGUAAAAUUGUAUAUUUGACCUCGAUGAUUGUCAGUCAAAUGCUGUUUCCUGUUUUGAAAGUCUUGCGUUUAA